CUGGUGCGUAAUCACUGGGACUUUUACUUUGUUCCUGCGAGACGCACCCAGUUCAUUCGCACAAAGAGCUGCACUCGGUAGCCGUGAUAUGCAUGCCCCGGCGCCGCAGCGUCCGCGCAGCGCGCGAUAACUGCAGCCCACUGCCACUGUGCCAAGUCUCCGCGCUCUCACUUCGCUAGCUAACGCACGUGCCCGAAGACGCGUCGCGCGCCCUCGCCUCGUCCCCGCGAGUGAUGCCGAUGACGGACUUUUCAAGUUACCAAACACUGGCAGCUUGCAAAACGUAAUCCGAAAAAAAAAACUGACGUUUGUGCGUCACUGAAAUGGCGCACCGAGACGUGUUGGUGUAAACAAAAAUUGUGUAAAAUCAAAACUCUGGAUGAUUAGUGUUGUUAGGAGUGAAUAAAAUAAAUAAAUAAAUUGUGCAAAAUGACGUCGCGUUCGAAGGAAAAAGUAGCAGCUGCGUUUAGGAAGCUGUUUCGGUCUCCGGAGAAACUGGACAAUGAUGGAGCCGGGCCGAGCGGGUCCCCGGCCAGGCGCGGGCUACUGCGGCGACACAGAGACGGUGUGAGUCCAGCAGAAGCGGCCAGCCACCCCGGCAGCCCGUCGCCCGCCGCCCUUAGCAAGAAGGGCGCCGGCGCGAGCGACGUGCGCGAGCGCGCCGCCGCCGCCGCCGCGGUGCGCACGCGGCGGCUCAUGAAGGAACUCAAAGAAAUACAGCGGUUACAGGAAAACCGCUCUGAUCCUUUGUUUACGGUGGAGCUGGUAAACGACAACCUGUUCGAGUGGCACGUGCGGCUGCAUCAGAUCGACCCCGAGAGCGAGCUGGCGGCCGACCUGCGCGAGCUGCACAUCCCCAACAUCCUCCUGCAUCUGGUCUUCCCCGAGAACUUCCCUUUCGCGCCACCAUUCAUGCGGGUCAUCGAGCCCAGGAUAGAAAAGGGAUUUGUAAUGGAAGGCGGCGCGAUCUGCAUGGAACUCCUAACGCCGCGCGGCUGGGCGUCAGCCUACACCGUGGAAGCGGUGGUGAUGCAGUUCGCAGCGUCGGUGGUGAAGGGGCAGGGGCGCGUGGCGCGCGCGCCGCCGCGGCCCUCGCGCGAGUUCUCGCGCCGCCGCGCCGAGGAGGCCUUCCGCUCGCUCGUCAAGACCCACGACAAAUACGGAUGGGUCACGCCGGCGCUGUCCGACGGCUGAGCGCUAUGUCCAAUUUCCAGCUGACUACAGACAGCCGAAAUGCAGAUUAGAUCUCUAUUAGUUAAUUAAUCGGAUAUAAUUUUAAAAGUAUUCUCAUAACUUAGUGCAAUUUUUAAUGAAGCUGUGUCGUUAGAUGACUGUAUAUCCCCUUAGACAAGUUCCCGUGUCGAAGCGAAUACAAUGAUUGAUCAAU